GCUCCAUUCGCUGGCAGGGCUGGGCCGAGAGCGGCUGGCAGGGCGGCCGUGGGCAGGAUGAGUGCAGCCUCGGAUCCCGUGGUCAUCGUCUCGGCGGCGCGGACCAUCAUAGGCUCCUUCAGCGGUGCCCUAGCCACUGUUCCUGUCCAUGAUCUGGGCUCCACUGUCAUCAAAGAAGUCCUGAAGAGGGCCAUGGUGGCUCCAGAAGAGGUGUCCGAGGUCAUAUUUGGACAUGUUUUGGCAGCAGGUUGCGGGCAGAAUCCUGUUAGACAAGCCAGUGUGGGUGCAGGAAUUCCCUACUCCGUACCAGCAUGGAGCUGCCAGAUGAUCUGUGGCUCAGGCCUGAAAGCCGUGUGCCUUGCAGCCCAGUCAGUAGGGAUAGGAGACUCCAGCAUUGUGGUUGCAGGAGGCAUGGAAAAUAUGAGCAAGGCUCCUCACCUGGCUUACUUGAGAACGGGAGUAAGAAUUGGUGAGACACCACUGACUGACAGUAUACUCUGUGAUGGUCUAACAGAUGCAUUUCACAACUAUCACAUGGGUAUCACAGCUGAAAAUGUAGCCAAAAAAUGGCAAGUGAGUAGAGAAGAUCAGGACAAGCUUGCAGUUCUGUCCCAGAACAGGACCGAGAGUGCACAGAAAGCUGGCCAUUUUGACAAAGAGAUUGUACCAGUGUUUGUGUCUUCUAGAAAAGGUCUUAUUGAAGUUAAAACUGAUGAGUUUCCUCGCCAUGGGAGCAAUAUUGAAGCAAUGUCCAAGCUAAAGCCUUACUUUCUUACGGAUGGAACGGGAACAGUCACCCCAGCUAAUGCUUCAGGAAUGAAUGACGGUGCUGCAGCUGUGGUUCUCAUGAAGAAGUCAGAAGCUGAUAAACGUGGGCUCACACCAUUAGCACAGAUAAUUUCCUGGUCACAAGUAGGUGUGGAGCCUUCCCUGAUGGGAAUAGGACCAAUUCCAGCCAUAAAACAAGCUGUUGCAAAAGCAGGUUGGUCACUAGAAGAUGUUGAUGCAUUUGAAAUCAAUGAAGCCUUUGCAGCCCUCUCUGUUGCAAUAACUAAAGAACUUGGAUUAAACCCAGAGAAGGUCAAUAUUCAAGGAGGGGCUAUAGCCUUGGGCCACCCUCUUGGAGCAUCUGGCUGUCGAAUUCUUGUGACCCUGUUACACACGAUGGAGAGAAUGGGUGGAACUCGUGGUGUUGCAGCCCUGUGCAUUGGGGGUGGGAUGGGAAUAGCAAUGUGUGUUCAGAGAGGAUGAACUAACUGCCUAGGCUCAAACCUCUUUUCUUAGACUAAAGUACCAAGUUAUGAUUUGUGAAAUCAAAGGACCAAAUUGUGCACAAAAAACACCUCCUAUGUCACAAGAACCCAAGUUGACAGUUUGUUGUACUUUAAUGUAUAAUACUCAAGACAAUUGCAUCUAACAUUGUUAUAAAUAAAAGAAAUCAUAUCAGUCAU